GCGGUGAGUACGCGCAGGCUCCUAGGCGCCAGGACAGGGGGCGCUCGUGGACGCUCUAUGAUGACGUAAGCGCUAGGGCGCCCUCCCGGAAGCGCGAGCCAGGCCGCCAGAUGUGCAGGCAUUGGAGGCGGAGGAGAAAGAGAUGGACACCCCAGACUCAGCCUCAAGGGUCUUCUGUGGCCGCUUCCUCAGCAUGGUGAACACUGAUGAUGUCAAUGCCAUAAUCCUGGCCCAGAAGAAUAUGCUGGACCGCUUCGAGAAAACCAACGAGAUGCUUCUGAACUUCAACAAUCUGUCCAGUGUGCGGCUGCAACAGAUGAGUGAGCGCUUCAUGCACCAUACCCGCACCUUGGUGGACAUGAAACGGGAUCUGGACAGCAUUUUCCGAAGGAUCAGGACACUGAAGGGGAAGCUAGCCCGGCAGCACCCAGAGGCCUUCAGCCACAUCCCAGAGGGUUCAUUCCUAGAGGAUGAAGAUGAAGACCCUAUCCCACCCAGUAUCACCACAACCAUCGCCACCUCGGAGCAGAGCACGGGCUCCUGUGACACCAGCCCUGACACGGUCUCGCCAUCCCUAAGUCCUGGCUUUGAGGACCUAUCACACAUUCAACCUGGCUCUCCUGCCAUCAACGGCCACAGACAGACAGAUGAUGAGGAAGAGACACAUGAAGAAUAGCCUCCCUCCCACCAUCCCAGAAAGGCUCAGGGCAGCCGUGAUCCUCCUAGGGUCACAGUCGGUCAGCUUGGCUGCUCCAUUCUUUCAUAGGCAGGAUUCCUAAUUCCUGCCACUCCCCCUAAGAGCAGGACUUCCCUAUGCCAGCACAUGUGCCCCAGGUGGGGCUGAGUACAGGUAACCUUGAGCUCAGCUUGGGCCAGCUUUGAACAGUGCUUCUGAGGUCCCCAGAGACCAAAGCCAGAUCGUCUGUCCCCCACACCUUAGGUGGGCACAGGAGGGCCGAGCUUGUUUCUACCCACUGGCAGCUGCUGACUCAACUCUGGGCUCCCUGCCAUCUGUGGAGUACUUUUUUCCUGUUGUGUUGAAUACUGGAGAAAUAGAAGGUUCAAGAUAGAGGCAGACCUGACUGUUUCUUGAGGGUCCAUCAGGCAUCUCCAGGAGCUGGCCAGUUAUCUUAGAAAACAACUGAAUGGAAUAUUUUUGUACCUGAUGUUUCCAGAUGUUGGGAAGUUAUCAAUAAAGACUGUUGUUAAAAGGGAA